AAUAAUCUCUGCAUUCCAUUGACACCGACCAAAGAAACACAUCCGGUUUGAUGUCAAGGGUAAAAGAAGGUGGUGCUGAAAUUUAGUUGUUGAGUCGACAUCAAUUUCUCACGGCAAGUGUGACGUAUCAUUCAUAGAUUCUUUUGGUAACGCAUGCAAGGAAAGUCAUUACCAGAUGUGUAUUGGGUCGAUGCUUGUUUGUGAAGGCGACUAUGGAAUUGGGAAGCAGCACACUGCCAGUUAGGCGUUUCGAAUCGUGUUCAUUAAGGCGACAGUACGUUUAAGACAUCAGUUUUCACUUUCGGAAAAGCUACAAGUCGUCUUCGGUACACACUAUACAAAUACUUCAAUCAGAAGAAUAGAAGAGCACGAUGCGUUUUGAGAUAACAUUAAUGUUGCUUGUCGGUUUCUCAUUAAUCUGCAUUAAACAGAGCCUCUUCUCUGUGCGUUUGGACUAUCCGUCACUCAUUUUCUUCAACACGAAAGCACCCGCAAACCCAGUAAAGCAGUGCUAGUAACCCACCAAAAUCUCAUUUCCCAUUGCUCUUUCCUCCUCUUUAAAGUUUGCUUCUCAUGAAUCUGGUUGCUAUUUCCUCCUCUUUUAGUUUGCUUCUCAUGAAUUGAACCGUACGAGGACCACCGUUCUGGUUUUCUCAGAAACAACACAAUUUGAAAAAAAUAUAUAACAAAAGGAAAAGAGUCAUGGUCUCAUCUUCAGGUUUGCUCGUUGCUAUCGCUCUAUUCCGGGUGAUUGUUUUCACUUCUUUGCUGAGUGCUGAGAAGACUGAUUCGGGGAUUCUUUUGGUCUCAGACAUAAAAUCUGGGGAAAGGCAUGCUAGAGAAUACUGUGCAAUGUAUGAUAUCUGUGGCAAGCGCAGUGAUGGGAAAGUUUUGAACUGUCCUUAUGGUUCCCCAUCUGUUAAGCCAGAUGAUUUACUUUCUUCCAAGAUUCAAAGCUUGUGUCCAACAAUAAGUGGAAAUGUUUGUUGUACAGAGUUUCAGUUUGAUACAUUGAGGGCACAAGUUCAACAGGCAAUACCAUUUCUUGUGGGCUGUCCAGCAUGCUUGAGGAACUUUUUGAAUCUUUUCUGUGAGCUUUCAUGUUCUCCAGAUCAGAGUCUAUUCAUCAAUGUUACUUCUACCUCUGAGGUUAAAGGUAACAUGACGGUUGAUGGAAUUGAUUUUUUUGUAACUGAUACCUUUGGUGAAGGGCUUUAUGACUCCUGCAAGGAUGUAAAGUUUGGCACAAUGAACACACGGGCCAUAGACUUUAUUGGUGCUGGUGCUAAAACUUUUAAAGAAUGGUUUGCAUUUAUUGGUCAGAAAGCAGCCCCGGGUUUUCCUGGUUCACCUUAUGCCAUUAAUUUUAAGUCAAGUGUUCCUGAAUUGUCUGCUAUGGAGAUAAUGAAUGUGUCUGUAUUAGCAUGUGAUGACACUUCACUGGGUUGCUCUUGUGGUGAUUGCCCUUUAUCACCCGCGUGCUCCAGUUCAGAACCUCCUUCUCCACACAAAAAAGAUUCCUGCUCGUUUAGAAUUGGAUCGCUUAAGGUCACCUGUGUUGAACUUUCUUUAGUGAUCCUGUAUAUCAUUUUAGUCUCUGCUUUUCUUGGAUGGGGUUUGUUUAAUCAGACAAGAGAAAGGAGGAGGCAUGCACCAACAACGGAACCAUUGUUGAAUGUCGCAGAUGAUGGUGAAAUUAAUAUUAUUGACCUACAGAAGAAUGGGAAGCUUGCUCCAAAGGUGCAAGGGAUGGUCUCUCAAGCAUCACAUGAUGUGCAAAUUUCUGUCAUUCAAGGGUAUAUGUCGAGCUUUUACAGGAGAUAUGGAAUUUGGGUUGCUAGAAAUCCCACUCUUGUGCUCUGUUCCUCAUUGGCAGUUGUUCUUCUGCUUUGCUUAGGUCUAAUGCGUUUCAGGGUGGAGACCCAGCCAGAGAAGUUGUGGGUCGGCCCUGGAAGUAAGGCAGCAGAAGAGAAACAAUUUUUCGACAGUCACCUUGCCCCCUUUUACAGAAUUGAACAGCUCAUAAUAGCGACGAUGCCUGAUCCACAGCAUGGCAAGUCGCCUAGCAUUGUCACCGAGGAUAAUAUUCAGUUACUCUUUGAAGUUCAAAAGAAGGUUGAUGGAAUCUCUGCCAACUAUUCAGGUUCAGUGGUGUCUCUAAGUGACAUUUGCUUGAAGCCUCUUGGCCAGGACUGUGCCACUCAAAGUAUUCUGCAGUAUUAUAAAAUGGAUCCUGAUAACUACGACGGUUUUGGUGGAGUACAGCAUGUGGAGUAUUGCUUUCAGCAUUACACUUCUGCGGACACAUGCUUGAGUGCAUUUAAGGCCCCACUGGAUCCAAGUACUGCCUUAGGAGGAUUUUCCGGGAACAAUUACUCCGAGGCUUCUGCAUUUGUUGUUACCUACCCAGUCAAUAAUGCAGUUGAUGAAGUAGGCAAUGAGAAUGGGAAAGCAGUGGCUUGGGAAAAAGCUUUCAUACAGUUAGCAGAGGAGGAGCUGCUGAUGAUGGUGCAGUCUAGCAAUCUCACUCUUUCCUUUUCAUCCGAAAGCUCAAUUGAGGAAGAACUGAAAAGAGAAAGUACUGCUGAUGUUAUAACAAUCAUAAUAAGCUAUCUCGUAAUGUUUGCUUACAUAUCAGUGACCUUGGGAGAUGCACCUCAUUUAUCCUCCUUUUACCUAUCAUCCAAGGUGUUGCUUGGCCUUUCAGGCGUUUUGCUUGUUAUGCUUUCUGUCUUUGCAUCUGUUGGUUUUUUCAGUGCCGUUGGAGUUAAAUCCACAUUAAUCAUCAUGGAAGUCAUCCCUUUCCUAGUUUUGGCUGUUGGAGUGGAUAACAUGUGUAUAAUGGUACAUGCCGUGAAAAGGCAAUCAUUGGAGUUACCUAUAGAAGAACAAAUAAGUAAUGCACUUGUUGAAGUUGGUCCAUCAAUAACACUGGCCAGUUUAUCCGAGGUUCUGGCAUUUGCUGUUGGUAGUUUCAUUCCUAUGCCAGCUUGUCGUGUCUUCUCCAUGUUUGCAGCUUUGGCUGUUCUACUAGACUUCCUUCUGCAAGUUACUGCCUUUGUUGCAUUGAUAGUUUUCGACUUUUUGAGAGCUGAGGAUAACAGGAUUGACUGCUUUCCCUGCAUAAAAAUUCCUUCAUCUUCUAUUGACCCUAAUGAAGGCAUCAAUGAGAACAGAGCUGGUCUGCUUUCUCGAUAUAUGAAGGAAGUUCACGCACCCAUUCUUGAACUCUGGGGAGUUAAAUUUGGCGUCAUUGCUAUUUUUUUUGGUUUUACUCUAGCAAGCAUUGCAUUAUGUACAAGGAUUCAACCUGGUUUGGAGCAGCAGAUUGUUCUUCCCCGGGAUUCUUACCUUCAGGGUUAUUUUAGUAAUGUCUCUGAGUAUCUCAGAAUUGGACCACCAUUGUACUUUGUUGUAAAGGAUUACAAUUAUAGCUUGGAAUCGAGACAUACAAACUUGUUAUGCUCCAUCAGCCAGUGUGAUUCAAACUCUCUUUUGAAUGAGAUAUCGAAGGCAUCUUUAGCACCAGAAUCAACCUACAUUGCUAAGCCAGCCGCCUCAUGGCUUGAUGACUUUCUUGUAUGGUUAUCACCAGAGGCUUUUGGUUGUUGUCGAAAGUUUGUAAACGGUUCUUAUUGUCCACCUGAUGAUCAGCCACCUUGUUGUGCACCUGAUGAAGGUACUUGUGGCUUUGGAGGAGCUUGCCAAGACUGUACAACGUGCUUCCGCCAUUUGGAUUUGGUCAAUGAUCGUCCAUCUACAGCGCAAUUCAAGGAGAAGCUUCCAUGGUUCCUCAAUGCACUGCCAUCUGCUGAUUGUGCAAAGGGUGGCCAUGGGGCAUAUACCAAUAGUGUGGAUCUGAAGGGUUAUGAGAGAGGUGUUUUACAAGCAUCUGAGUUUCGAACCUAUCACACCCCACUUAAUAAACAAGGUGACUAUGUGAACUCAAUGCGAGCUGCACGGGAGUUCAGCUCUAGAAUUUCUAGUUCAUUAAAGAUGGAUAUCUUCCCAUACUCGGUGUUUUAUAUCUUCUUUGAGCAAUAUCUGGAUAUAUGGAAGAUAGCUUUGAUAAACAUUGCAAUAGCACUUGGUGCGAUAUUUAUUGUUUGUUCUGUAAUCACAGCCAGUUUAUGGAGUUCAGCAAUCAUUUUACUUGUUUUGGCAAUGAUUGUUGUUGAUCUCUUGGGUGUAAUGGCGAUUUUAGACAUCCAACUAAAUGCAGUCUCUGUUGUAAAUCUUAUAAUGUCGAUAGGGAUUGCUGUCGAGUUCUGUGUGCAUAUAGUACAUGCCUUCUUGUUAAGCCCUGGGCGUAGAGGCCAACGUGCAAAGGAGGCGUUGAGUACAAUGGGUGCUUCUGUCUUCAGUGGAAUUACACUUACCAAGCUAGUGGGAGUACUUGUCCUUUGUUUCUCAAGAUCAGAAAUUUUUGUGGUUUAUUACUUCCAAAUGUACCUGGCAUUAGUCGUUAUUGGCUUCUUGCAUGGGCUUGUAUUUUUACCGGUGGUGUUGAGUUUAUUUGGUCCACCGGCAAGAAUAGUCAUCGAGAACCAGCAAGUAGAUGAACCUCCUGCUUCAUCACUCGCAAACUGAUCAAUACAGCCUGUGUCUUCUUGAGGUUGUCUUCUGCGUUUGAUGUACAAUGAUCGGAAAACACUCUUUUACUGUAAAUUGAAGUUUAAAUGUCUUUUCACUGCCAUGAGACAAUUCAUUUAAAGGAAAUUGGAAAAAGAAGACCAAGUGCAUAGGAAUUAAACCUCAUCAAAAAAAAAAAAUGUAGAGGAGGAGCAGACUUCAAGUUGUAAUGUUACUGUUGACGUUAACAUGUAUCACAACACAUUUUAUGGAAAAGUGGCUCGUGCCUUAUGGGAAGAAACGGUAAUAAAA